CACUUGGUCAGUCAGUCGGAGCGACUGGAACCGCUGCACGGCGGACAAACGGCGAAAAGACUUAAAACCGGGCACUACCAAAACGAAACAAAACGAACUUUUCAAUCAAACACAAACUUUCAAGACGAUCAAACUUAUCACAGGCCCUAUACACUUGAGUGUAGCUUUGGGCAGCAGCGAUGUCAGGUACCUACGAUGAGUCCAUGAUUGAUGUCUCCAGUGACAGCUUCUGGGAGGUUGGUAACUACAAACGUACAGUAAAACGGGUAGACGAUGGCAACCGGCUCUGUAACGACCUCAUGACCUGCCUUCAUGAGCGGGCGCGCAUUGAAAAGACCUACGCACAGCAACUCACAGAAUGGGGGAAGCGCUGGCGGCAACUUAUAGAGAAAGGGCCUCAGUACGGUACGCUGGAGCGAGCGUGGACGGCCCUAUGCACCGAGGCAGAGAAGGUCAGCGAGCUGCACAUGGAGGUGAAAGCAGCAGUGAUGGGCGAGGAUUACGAGAAGCUGAAGAACUGGCAGAAGGACGCCUACCACAAACAGAUGAUCGGCGGCUUCAAAGAGACUAAAGAGGCGGACGACAGUUUCCGCAAGGCCCAGAAACCCUGGGCCAAGAAACUCAAAGAGAUGGAGACGAUGAAGAAAUCUUACCAUUCUGCCUGCAAAGAAGAAAAGCUGGCGACCAGCAGGGAAACAAACAGCAAGCUGGAAAGCAACAACAACCCCGACGCGCAGAAGAAACUCCAGGAAAAGGUGGAGAAGUGUCAGCAGGAAGUGCAGAAGACUAAAGAACGCUACGAGAAAUCCCUGGAUGAACUCGACAAGUUGACUCCUCAGUACAUGGAGAACAUGGAGCAGGUCUUUGAGCAGUGGCAGCAGUUUGAAGACAAACGAAUUUGCUUCUUCAAAGAGCUUCUUCUCGAGGUUAAGCAGCACCUGGACCUCUCAACCAAUCACAGAUUCCAGACGGUGUACCACACGCUGGACGACACGAUCUCCGCUACUGAUGCUGACGACGACCUGAAAUGGUUCAGGUCUAAUCAUGGACCCGGCAUGCCAAUGAACUGGCCCCAGUUUGAGAAUUUGGACUGGUCGCAUCUUCGCUCCUUUAAGAGAAGGUCCAUCUUAGACUGGUCCGUAGAUCUGAACCGGACCCUCAGCAGGCGAGAGAAGAAGAAGCCGUCGGAGGGCGUCACACUAACGGGAAUCAGUCAGACCGGAUCGGACCAGCCGGUGCAGCCCACCAAGACCAGCGGCAGCCUGACUGUGCCCACUAAAACAGCACCAGCGGGCUCAAACCCGUUUGAUGAGGAUGAUGAGGAGGAGGAGGAGGAGGAGAAUGAGGAGGAGGAAGAAGUGGCCGAGGACCCGCAGACCACAGUCAACCACAUCAGUGUGAAAAAAGAGGAGAUAAAAACUGCCAGCAGCACAGAGAAGACUCCAGACUGGUCGGAUGAAGACACAGUCGGUAACCCCUUCUCUGCCAACGGCGAUGGAAAUCCGUUUGAGGACGAACCCGCUUCUCCAGUCGUAUCUGUGCAGGUCAAAGCCCUUUACGACUAUGAAGGACAGGAGCAGGAUGAGCUGAGCUUCAAAGCAGGUGAUGAACUGACCAAAAUUGGUGAAGAGGAUGAUCAGGGUUGGUGCAAAGGUCGGCUCAAGGAUGGCCAAGUAGGCCUCUAUCCUGCUAAUUAUGUAGAAAACAUCCAGUAAAUGAUGUAACACCGAUGACAGGAAGAAGAAAUAGUUUAAGCAUCGGUGGAUGGAAACGGAGGGCUCAGGGUGACGUUUGUGGAAACUGGAGCAGCAGUAGGACAGAGACUAACGUUUUUGGUUUUUCUGCAGAUUAUGGAAGCAAUAAGUGAGAGUUUUUCUUUCUUUCUUCAAACUGGUUCUCUUGCAGACUUAAGUGCAAGUUUCUAGAUGGCUCCAGGAGGAUCACAAAACAUUUGGUGUUGGUGUAAGAUAUGAAACGUGUUACUUUAAAUCCCCAUUGAUGCUGUUACAGAACAAGUUUUCAACUACACCUUAGUAUAAAAUUCAAUGAAAUGGAUAUGUAAAUUUAUAUAUAUGGUUAAAACACUGGGAUGACAGUCUGACAGCUUGUCUUGUGAUGUUUAAUGUAGCCUUAAUGUGACAGCCACGUUUUAAUUCAUUAAGGAAUAUGAACAUUUUUCUAACCGUAAUUAACCAUUACUCCAAACAGGAUCCAGUCCAUUCACAUCCUCUUUUCUAGGACCUUAUGUACAGAUUAUUGCUUCAGACUUAAACUACUGCUCAUAUUAUUCAGUCAUCCUUUCAGGGUUUUGAUUUUUCCCUUUUCAUAGCUGUUGUGGAUGUAAGGAAUGAUAAAGAUCAGCAGAGCCGUAACCUUCCAUCAUCCUCAUCCAUGGAUAUGAUUUCUCCAGUCACUGCCAAUGAAUGUAUAUUCACUGAUUGUAUUUUUUUUUUCUUUUUUCACCUAUUGAUUGUUCACUUUUACUGAUAUUAUAUAUUUACAACCACUGACCUGGCCGUCUCCCUCGCCCUGAAACAGCUUUCCUCGUGCCUUUCACACACAUCGGCCUACUUUCUCACGACUAGGCCGCAGACUUUUAUGGUUUGUUUUCAAGCAACACUGAAUGUUUUUCAGACUGUUUAACUCAACUUGAAUCUUCAUGUUUUAGUUCUCUCCCUUCUAGCCAAAUGUCAGGUUUUGGGAGAAUAUUUUAGUGUUUUGUUGUUUUGAAAAUAUAGCGUAUGUUUUAGCUAUAAAACUGCAGGCAAGCAUGAUGUUGUAUACAUGCAUGUAAAUAGCCGUGAAGAAACUUAUAUGAACAAAUUAAGCAUUGCAAUCAGAUGACAUGCAAUUGGAAAUUGACUAUUAAUUUAUAAAGCCACAAGUGCUCCUGUUACAUUCUUAGAAUGCUGUUAUUAAAAAAUCACUUUGUACAUUAAUUGAAUGUUUCAUGAAUGAAUCUGUUAUUUUGUUAUAUUUGUAAAUAAGAUUAUUUUCCUUUCACAGAUGCCAUUGGCACUAAAUCAAUAAAUACUCUGUGAAUAAUAUCUUCAUUUUUCUUAAACACAAAGACAGGACUGCAUGUUUUUUUCCCAAUAUCCACAUACACAGUUUGGAUAUUGCAAAAUUUUUCUUUGCAGAUACAAACUGCACACUUCACAAACUCUAAAUUCACGCGUGACGUGUUUGAAUUGAGACGAUAACCUGUUGUCUAUAAAGACAAGAAAAACGUUGAACCAUGUUUUCAGGGUGUGCUGCUGUCAACAGACGGUAACGGCUAUUAUUGCACAUUAAAUGUUUGUAAAAUGUGUUGUUGUAAUAAAAGAAUUUAUUA